AUAUUCUGUGGUGUGAAGUCGGUUACAUUCAAACCAUUCAAAUUGUGUGUUGAAUUUUGUGGCGACUAUUAUAUUGUGACGUUAAAACCAAUAUUUUUAUAUAGUUUUCAUAUACAGUUAUCUUUAAAGUCAUGGAUAACUUCGAAUGCAAAGCGCCGAUGUAUGUAAAUUUUGGACACUCUUCAGCUAUGGACGAAAAUGAUGGUGCAGAUAAAUUUUUUGAUAACUUAUCAGAUGGUCAAAAUGAACAUCAGAGUGAUGAACUUCGGGUUGAAAGUAAGGAAGAUCUGUCAGAAAGUGUGGAUGAUGUAUUGAAUUUAGCAAUGAAAAAUCUCUGGACAGCAUCAGCUCAUAUAACUACGCCAGCAUCAUCUGGAAAUGGUGCUGUACCCAAAAUGAAGGUUAACAGGCCCAGUGCACCAAAUUUAUGGAACAGAGAAUAUUACCAUCUCAAAAGGAAAGGGUCACCAAUGGCUGAAAAUAACCAAGAAAGAAAAUUCAUUAGCAUGGCUGAAGCUAUAAAUCGGUUCCAGACGACUACACCAGAUCGUUUUCAUUCUAAGCCAAUAACAAGUAAACUGAACCUAAGUCUGCAACCUAGGAAAGGCAUCACAGUGAAGGGUUCAACUAUUCCUCAUUCUCCAAAUUUAAGAUCACAUUUGCGAUCACGUCCAGUCCAUUAUAUGACCAGGGAGGAAGAAGAAGAGAAGGAAGCAGAAGAAAUGAAAAUGUGCCAAAUAAAAGCCAGUGCCUUGAAUCCCAAAAUUCUGAAACCUCCAAAACUUGGCAUAAGGGUAGAAAGAAAACUACCAACAGUGCCAGUGCCUUUCAAACUGACAGAAAUAGUGAAAAAGAAAACCAUAGUUCCUCCAGUGUACACUUUUACGGCAAAACCUGUUCCGAAGGCACUUUUGCGUGCGCCUCAAGGUAUUCCAGAGAAGAUAGAUAUACCAGCGACAGUACCUGUUUCACCUACAUGCUUGAAGAACUCCAUGGUGCAUGCCACGCAUUUGGAAGUGAAAGAUGGCCGAAAGUGCUUCACAGAAAAAGAAGUUCAUCAUUUUGGAAUACCUCCAGCAAGAACUACACAGUGGAAACGUACAACUGAAGUUCAGCCAUUCAGUUUUGAAGAAAGGGACAGACUCUUGCUUAAAAAGAGAGAGGAAACUAUUCAGAAAUACCUGGAGCAUGAGAAGAAGUCUCGUGAAUUUCAUGCUAACCCAAUUCCAGCCUGUGUAAAGUCACCAAGCACUGUGAAGGAGGCAUCUGUUCUUUCGACUGAACCAGCUCCAUUCCAACUGGAGGUGGAUAAACGUGGCAUGAUUAAAAAGCAGCAACUCAGACAAAAGAUGGAAGAGGAAGCAAGAAAACUGCAGCAGGCAGCUCAGUUUAAGGCUCGACCUGCAAUAGUAUUACAUAAAAAACCAUUUGAGCCCAAAAAAUCCAAUAAUCCUUUUACUGAUAUAACAGCAAUUGAACUUAACACUGAGAGACGAGCUAAGGAGAGGGAGGAGUUUGACACCAAGAUUAAACUAGAGCAAGCAGAAUUAGAGGAAUUGAGGCGAUUGAGGGAUGAAACACAGAAAAGAGAAGAAAUGGAGGAAAUAGCAAGACUUCGGAAGGAAGCUGUCCAUAAGGCGAAUCCCAUAAGACGCUACAAGCCACUAAAGAUACUGAGUUCAGAUAAGCCAUUGACUGAUCCACAAAGCCCAGCAUUCUUGUCUCGCUCAAAAACAAAUUAAAAGUAGUCUUAGAAACAAAAAUUGCAGUAUAUAUGAUUUGUGUGGAAAACUAAUGUAGUUGUAUAUUUUAAAAUGUAGCUUAGAAGUGUAGGAAUUUUUAAGUUUAGUGUGACAUGUUUGUAGAGGAAAUUGAAAUUUUUUAACAUGACCACAAAGUAAUCUGGAGACAUUCAUGCAGUGAAUAGUUCUAAGGAAAAUUUUAUUCCAUUUUGGUGACUAUAUAAAUUCCAUGCUCCUUUAGUUCAUAAGUUAACUUCAUUGAUUGGCCUUGUCUUGAUCAUUUGAGAUUGGUGAUGCCCUUUGAAUUCUUUUUGGACUGCAAACUCCAUCUGCUAUGGGAUUGAAGUUGUAUCUUCAUCAUUUAUUGAUGUAGACUGUUAGAUCAUUAAAAAUUUGCUACAUUGUAUUU